AUGAGGUGGGUGGGAGGCUGCCCUGGGGAGUGGACGUGCCUGAGCCGCCUGCCGCCCUCCUGGCCCAUGCGGAAGGCUCAAAUAUCAGAAACAAAAGCGAUUUCUUCCUACCCCGGCAAGGCCAGAAGUUCAGGCUGCCCCGCCCUCACCUGUGAGUUACCUGAGGUUUGCAACUCCCAGAACCCUGGGUGUCCCCAGGUGGGGGGCCUGUUGGCAGUGGGAGAGGCUGAGGGAACCACCGCUCCUUGCAUCCACGGGCGCGGUGAAAGCCGGAUAAUUUUGUGUCACAGGGCAGGACCCUGUUGA